AUGAAGUACGCAUUUGCUGCCGUGGCCCUCGCUGCCUCCGUCGCUGCCCAGUCCAUCUCCGACAUCCCAUCCUGCGCGGUCCCCUGUAUCGACGCCUCGCGGACAAAGGUCACCAAGUGCACCGCUGAUGACUACAAAUGCAUCUGCGCCAGCAUUGAUGCUCUCCAGGCUGAUGCCACCACCUGUGUCCUCGGUGCUUGCGGUGCUGAGACUGCCCUGAACGAGGUCCUCCCCGCCGUUCAGAAGUUCUGCGCCGCCGUUGAGGCCGGCGGAAGCGGAAGCGGUAGCACCACUGCUGCUUCUACCACUGCUGCCUCUACCACAGCUGCUUCCUCCACCACUGCCCAGGCCUCCAGCACCGUUGUUCCCUCUUCCACCGUCCAGUCCAGCGUUGUCUCGAUGACGAGCAGCUACAAGGCCUCUGGCACCGCCUCAGCCUCCCACUCGAGCUCUCACGCUUCUAACGGCACAGCUUCCGCCACCACGGCCCCCUCGAGCGUCGUGACUGCCGGUGCUGCCAUUGCUACCGCUGGCAGCAUUGGAAUGCUGGUCCUCGGUGCCCUUGCUGCCUUGUAA